GACGAUUUUUGCAACUUACUAAAAGGUUUAUAGUGGUCCGCUGUUUCGAAGUUUUCAUUCCCCCUCAAAGUCCCUCUUUGGCGCUCUCGAGUUUCAGCUCCGACGAUGUCGGACACCGACGGUAAGACUGCAAAGGAACUAAUUCGCGAUGUUGGCAAACAACUCGCUGCCAAACAGAAAUGUCCUCACAAAGAUUCCCUUGUAAAAUUGCUACGACAAGCUGCAAGUGCAUUACCAAAGUUACAAGCACAAUCACAUUUGCUAAAGCCUGCCAUAAAGCCCUUGAGUGAUUCUCUACUGAAGCAUGGCUUGUUGAAGCAAAAGGACAAAGAUUUGAAGCUUUUGGUUGCCAUCUGUGUAUGUGAAAUACUUCGGAUACUCGCACCGAAUCCUGGUUUUAGUGAUGAAGACUUCAGGGACAUCUAUCAACUCUUUUUGGGUAUGUUUGCGGAGCUUCCUGAUACCAAAAGCCCAUAUUUCUCGAAGAGGGUAGCACUAUUGGAAACAAUUGCAAGAUACAAUUUCUGUGUGCUAAUGCUAGAUACAGGAUGUGAAGAUCUAGUCCUGAAGAUGUUCAGUAUCUUUUUCAGUGUCAUAAGGAAAGAGCAUCCUUCAAAUGUAUAUGGUGCAAUGUCAUCCAUAAUGUCACUUAUCUUUCAGGAGAAAGUUUCUCAAGCACUUCUAGAAGUGACUUUGCAAAGUCUUUUAAAGGACUCAAAGGAUGCAUCUUUUCAGCUUGGUGUUUCAGUUAUUGAAGGUUGCAGUCAGGUGCUUCAACCGGUGGUUUGUCGUUUUCUCAACUGUUGUAUCUUGGACAGAGAUGGCGUAAACAGUGAGCUUAAAGAGUCAUAUCAUGCCAUUAUAUACGAAAUCUUCAAGUGUGCUCCAGAAAUGCUCAUUGCUGUUGUACCCAAUUUAACUCAGGAACUACUGACUGAUCAGGUUGAUGUUCGGAUAACAGCUGUCAAAUUUGUCGGAAGACUAUUUUCAAUUCCUGGGCGUCAUGUUGCUCAAGAGUACCAUCGUCUGUUCAUAGAGUUUCUAAAUAGAUUCUCUGACAAGUCUGCUGCAGUUAGGGUUAAUGCUGUAUUAUGUGCUAAACCUUUUUACUUCACCAAUCCAUCAGGGGAGGAAUCCAUUGCAGUUCUGUCUGCCCUUGAAGGCCGCCUUUUGGACUUUGAUGAUAAAGUGAGAAUACAAGCAGUUGCAGUGGUGUGUGAUCUUGCCAAGUCUAAUCUCAGACCUUUACCACUUGAAAUCAUAGCUCAAGCUGCUAAAAGAUUACGUGACAAGAAGGUUACUGUUAGAAAGAAAGUGUUGCAGAUGCUACUAGAUGUCUAUCACCAUUAUUGUAAUAGAUGUUCUGAAGGCAUCAUCAAAUUGAGUCUUGAAUUCGAACAAAUACCUUGUGGUAUUCUGAUGCUAUGCUAUGACAAAGACACAGACUUUGGUCCUCAGAACAUAGAGCAUAUUCUUGAGGAGAGUUUGUUUCCCAUUUCACUUUCUGUUGAGGAGAGGACUAGGCACUGGCUUUUCUUGUUUUCACAUUCGGCAUCAGAUCACCGGAAUGGAAUCUUCACCUCAGCUCAUGAGAAGGCAUUGACUGCCAUCUUGUGUCAGAAAAAAAGGUUGCAAAUUGAGAUGCAGAGUUACCUUGACCUCCGGACAAAUGAAAAGUAUUUCUCUGGGAGAAAGGAAGAAAGAAUCAAAAAGUUGUUUGCCAAAAUGUCGACAUGCUUUCCUAUACCAAUCAAAGCAGAAGAGUCCUUCCAUAAGUUACAUCUGGUGAAAGAUGCUGAUCUUUUUGACUCCCUCAAAGAGAUUUUGGUUGAACUCAAGUUUGGAAGCUCCCGAAGUAUGAGAGAUAAUUUUGUCAGCAAGAUGAAGGACAUGCAGUUGGAUUUUGAGUUUCUACAAUCACUCACAACAAAAUGCGCAUAUAAUAUUUUUAGCUUUGAUCACGUGAGUUGUAUACUAGAUCAUCUUUCUGAAGACAAGUUUCAAGAGGCGAAAUUAAAGAAUGCGUGUGUGUCACUUCUUAUGGUUAUUGUUAAUGCUUUCCCAAUCCUUCUUAGAGGUUCAGAAGAGCAAUUCUGCACUCUAUUGUUAGAAGAUAAAUCCUUAUUCUGUAAUGAGCUGCUUGAAAUGUUAGCUAAAGCUGGACCUCAUAUUUCUGUUGACCCCAGUGUUAUCUACCCUUUCUUAGAGAGGAUCUGCCUGGAUGGAAGUCGUGCUCAGGCGAAGCUUGCUGUUUCUGCAAUCAGUGGAUUGAUGGUUACUUCUGAGCACUCCAGUCUCUCAGAUCUAUGCAAGAAACUUGUGGAUGCUCUUAAAAGUGGGCCACCUACUCCUACAGUUUUGCAGUCGUUGGGCUGCAUGGCUCAGCAUUCUGUUUCUGCAUUUGAACCCCAUGCUGAAGAGAUCACUCGGUAUAUUGUUGAAAAUAUCUUACUAGUAAAUGAGGUCGGAAUGUCAGACGAUAUAGCUCCAUCCGAAUGCAGCAGUACUUCAUGCAAUUUGAAGAUUUUUGGGCUUAAAGCACUUGUCAGAAGCUUUUUGCCACAUCAGCUUACUGGUGUUGCUCGUCCAAUUGAUGAACUACUUACUCUUAUAUCACGCAUGCUUCAAAGGGCCAAGGUUUCUGGAGGCACUCUCUCCGGUGAAGAUGACAAGGACCAUCUCAGAUUAGCUGCAGCUACAUCUGUUCUUCGGCUUUCUCAAAUGUGGGAUUCACAUAUUUCACCACAUAUUUAUCGCCAAACUCUCUUGACAGCCAAGGACCAUUCUUGUAUGGUACGGAGAUUAUUCCUCAAAAAAACGUUGAAGCUUUUGAAGAAUAACGUCCUUCAUUGUAAAUAUUUAGGUGCUUUUGCAUUGGCUGCUGCUGCUUCUGAUUCGUCACAAAAAGAUGAAUCACUAAAUUAUAUGGCAGAAAUUAUAAGGAAACACCACAGAGAACCUAAAGUGACAGCAAAGCGAGAUCGAGAUGUGACUGAUGAUCCUGUGUGCUCAUUGAUGUUUUUAAUCCACAUUCUUGCUCAUGAUACUGAUUUUCCCUCCCAGGAAGACAAAUAUGAUUCCUUUUUCAGCCCAAUUGUUUUUACUUUGGAGGCAUUACUCAACCCUAGUUUUGUAGAUGGUGAUAUGAAUCGAAUCCGUAAAGUUGUUUCUGAUUUGCAUAAUACUUUCAAUGCUAUCAAGAGGGCUGAAGAUGCACUUGAUGUUCACAAAACCUUUAGGCUGCAUGCUGUAGCUAUCUUUGGAGCCAAGUAUUUGGUCGAGACAAAGAGUAGUGGAAUGUCUCACUCACACUCACACUCACACAUUCCAACUCCAACAAGCAUCUUACUGCCUUCAUUGCUCUAUAAGAAAAGUGAUUCCAAGCCCAACAACCCCAACUUCAACCCAAAACAGUCUGCUAGAAAUCAUGGGAAAAGGAAUCAGUUACAUAUGAUGUGGAAAAAACUUCAUUAUUUCAGAUGGAGGAUUCUUCAUGACAUGAAACUAAGGCUAGGGUUUUUUAGAUUAUCACCUCAUAAAGUUUAACAGAUAGAUACCAAGUUCAUUGGAUUUGUUGCCCUACCCUACCCUUUUGGACAACCACCCGCUAAUGUAUUUUGUAGGUAGGUUGGUUUGUAUAUACCAACUUUAUGCAUUCUGAAUGAUAAUGUAUUUUGUUUUGUUUCAACAUGAUUACUCUUGUAUCCAGUUCUAGAAGCAUAUAAUUAUGUAAUCUCAUUGUCAUUUUACAUAUUUGACCU